AUGUUCAUAUUUUCAUUCCCUUCUUCAAUUUCCUUUCUUAUUAUAUUUAUCUUUUCUUUCUAUUUUUUUAAUAUUAUUUUUCUAUUUUCUUUAAACUUUUCUAUUUCAUUAGAACUUUUUCAUUUUCUUUCUUCUUUCUCAUUUGCACUUUAUUUUUCCACUCAUUCUUUCUUAUUCAUGUUUCAUUUUUGCUAUCCUUUCUUCUUUUUUCUCCUCACUUUUCUUUUUUUUCUUUCACUUUCAUUUCUCCCCUCUUCUUUCACUCUUUUUCUGUUCUUAUUUAAUUUUCUUUUACUAAUUUUUCAUUUCCUUUCUUCUUUCUUUUCCUCUCUUCUUUUCCACUCUCCUUUCGUCUUUCAUUUUUAUUUCUCCUCAUUGUUCUUCACUUUCUCUAUCAUUUUUCAUUUAUCUUCUCUUUCUUUUUCAUUCUUUUUCGUUCCUCUCAUUCAUUUUCAUUCACUCUUUAUUCAUCCAUUCUUUUUUUUAUUCACUCUUCACUUUGCUCUUAUUUCUUUUUUUCUCAUUCACUUUUCUUUUUCUCCUUCCUUCUUUCUCUACCACUUUUUAUUUCCUUUCUCAUUCUUUCACUCUUCACUUUUUGUAUUUCUUUCACUCUAUUUCUUCUCUUUGUUUUCUUUUUUACUCUUCAUUUUCUUUCUCCUUUUUUCUUUCUAUUUCACUUUCUAUUUCUCGUCUCCUUUCUUCUUAAAGUCUUUUUUUUUUCUUUUUAUAACACAAAAUCAAUUUUAA